AUGGUGAAGUUUAAAACUGCAGCCUCUGCUUAUAAAGCCCUAAAUGGACUUAUAUGUGUGUACAAGCCACCAUGUGUACCUGUGAAACAAGUGCUCCAUACAGUGAAAACCAAUUUGUGCAGAGAUUUGAAUGCCUUGCCGGACAGACCAUUAGAACAGAGAGUAGAAAUCCUAGGACCAACAAAUGAACCAAUGAAGGUGAAAUUAGUAACAAAUUAUGCAGAUAAUCCUCUGGUCUGUGGCCCGAGAUAUAUUAAUGAAGAUUUCAGGUGCACUUGGGCAUCACAUCUUGGUUUAUUUAGCAGUGGUGUAUUAUUAAUAGGAAUCAAUGAAGGAACAAGGCUUGCAUACAAAAUUAAGUCUGGGCAACCAACAAGAGCUUACAAGGUCCACGGUCAGCUUGGCAAAGCUACAGACACAUACUUCUGGAAUGGCAAGACAGUAGAGAGGGCGACAUUUAGACAUGUCACCAGAGAGAAGAUUGAUAAGGUGGUAGCUAACAUGCAGGCUGCCCACCAGAAGACCAUGUUUGAGCAAUCAGGGCUCCAGAUGGAUUUACAGUCCACAUAUGAGUUGGCAUCUAAAGGUCUGAUCAGGCCUGCAGACAAUAAACUACCAGUUCUCUAUGGUAUCAAGUGUGUCUACUUUGAUCCUCCCAACUUUACAUUAGAAAUUCAAUCAGUCAAUGAGUAUGACAAAUAUUUAUGGACACUAGUCCAUGACCUGGGGGUGCAGCUAAAGACUACAGCCUACUGCACAGGGGUCCAGUGCAUAAGACAAGCCAAAUUUGAUGUGAACCUGGCUUUAUUACGAAAACACUGGACAUUAGAACACAUAGCUGACAAUAUAAACACAUGCCAAGAACUAUUAGAUGAAAAUGAACAACUAAUUAAACCAGAGUCUGCUUUAUUAACAGCAUAG